GGCCGUAGAAGCAAAGCGGAAAGAAAAUGGCGGCCGUGGCUGCGGAGCCAGGAGCUGUUGCGGUAUCAACAACAACAGCGGGGGACUGUGGUGAGCUCGAACCGGUGCCAGCUGUGCCGGGGGGCAAACUCGACUCCGAUGCAACGCAGCAGUACGCGCCAGUAAUAGACCUUGUUCACCAACUCAAGGAUGGGGAUGCAGUUCAGGAAUGCAGCCAGGUCCAAAUGGAGCUAUUGAGCAGGCCAGACCAAGAAGCCGCGGGAAAAGUCCUCGCUGCUUGUGCAUUGGAUGAACACAUCGAUACAGGAUGUCUCAUGGUCGGCUUAGAAAAUACCGAUAACCAUUCUCGCGGGGACUAUGGUUCGAAAUACACAAUGUCGAGGGCAGAACGUUUGAAACAAUUUUUUUCGCCUAAUGUUGAUCCUGCAAACGAGCUCAGUAAGCACGAGCCCUACGCCUGCCAUCAGAAUAGCUCCAUCUCCGAUUCACAGCCAUCGGUGGUCUUUUUGCAUUCGUUCCCUGCGCAUCCUGUGACUACGGAGGCUGGGCUGUCGUUGGCAGAGCCAGCAGAGCCCAUGAUCAAUUACUAUCAAAACACAGAAUCAACCCAACCUACUAUUAUCGAGUGUGACUAUAGAGCUUUAAUUAAACCGUCCCACGAGGCUGAACUGGAGCCCGAAUCAGCAGAUAAUGCUCUUUCUGGUACCGAGUACAAGGCCGAGUCUUUGGGAGAUGCCUCUCUUGAACAUCCCCAGUCCAUAGAACACGUCGACUCUCUGUCAGUUCUAGAGACGGAGACACUCAUUGGAACACCCAUGGAGACUGGAUACAUUUAUGACUUUUCGAGCAUCACAAACCAGAACUCUCCGAGUCCCGAGCUUCCUGUAAUGGCAGUGGGUCAGGUUGACUCCUCGGCAGAGCCUGGGGACUCGUGCUCACGACAGCGGAGUUUGGAAACGAACUUCCACGAGAGCGAGACGGUAUUGAAUCCCCCUCACUCCAUGCCCGUUGCUGAUACUGAGGAGGUACAGUCCGAUUCAGUGGACAAUCUGAUACCUGGUUCUGAAGUUCGAGUAUCUCUGGAUCACAUCAUCGACGACGCACUGGUGGUGUCCUUUCGGUUAGGCGAGAAGAUCUUCUCUGGGGUUCUGAUGGACCUCUCUAAAAGGUUUGGACCCUAUGGAAUUCCAAUCACUGUGUUCCCAAAGAGAGAAUACAAGGAUAAACCUGAAUCUAUGCAGCUAAAGACAGAACCAUUCCAGCCAGAGAAGGUGGAAAUGCCAGUUCAGGAAGAUCCUGACAGCCAAGUUGUCGCAAUCCCCGAACCAAACCCUGACCCCCAGCCUAAGCCUAACCCAUGGACUUCAAAACCUCCACCACUGUUUCAGGAGGGAGCCCCUUACCCUCCGCCAUUGUUCAUCAGGGACACCUACAACCAGUCGUUACCUCAGCCGCCCCCCCGCAAGAUCAAGCGGCCCAAGCGCAGGCUGUAUCGCGAGGAGCCCACCUCUAUCAUGAACGCCAUCAAGUUGCGGCCCCGCCAGGUGCUCUGUGACAAGUGCAAGGGGACUGUCAUGACCGUGGACAAGAGGGAGCCACGUAGAGGCCCUGUGUCGGACUCUAGGGGCGAGGACGCCAAGCGGAGACGCAACGACAGUGCAGCUACUGUCAGCAAGCGGCCACGUAAUGACUCUCGCUCUGAGGAGAAGCGCCAUGCUGCUGAGGCGUCUAAACGGCAGGCCUCAGGGAUUCGAGUCUCCUCUUCCUCUUCUCUGGGCCAGGUGAAGGCCGGAGCUGGAGGCAACAGGGUUCUGAGGACAACAACCACCACAACAACAUCACCGGUCAACAGCAGCUCCAGAGUCCAACUCAAUGCCAAGAAAGUGCUUCAGAGCAAAAAUGUUGAUCACUCCAAGGCAAGGGAGGUGCUGAAACUGGCCAAGGCGCAGAAGAGGCAGAGAGAGACUACAGUGGUCACUGGCAGCAGUGGCAACGCCAAGACGAUGACGAGGGCCGCUGCCCUGCAGGAGGCCCACGCCCACCAGAAGGUCCACUUCACCCGGCGGCUGCAGCAGAUCAGCGGGGUGGGACCAAGCAACGCCACCCCUCUGCCACCCAGGAUGCGCAUCAAGCCCCAAAGGUACCGUAAUGAAGAGAAUGACUCUUCUACAUGUAAGCCGCCUUGCCUCGAGAAAGUGCCGGGAAGUGGCCGUUUGUCCCCUCCAAAGCCAGGCGCGCCCCGCUGCACCUCCACGCGCUCCUCCUCCUCCUCCUGCUCCACAGGCGAGGCCACUCUAGACCAGGGUCUAGAUAAAGGGCCAGAACCUGAGCUCAGUCCUCAGACCCAAUCCCAGACCCAAGUGGAACCCCUCACAGCCACGGAGCACAGCGACCCCAAGGUGGAGCCAGAGGAGCAGGGGGGGCGGGAGGAGAGGCGGGAGACGCGCGGCAGCAAGGCUGGCAACCUUGUGGUGUACAUGACCCUUAACCCCAGCCAGCCUGACUCCUCUAAUACCUCCAUGUGCAGCGUUGAUAGUGCAGAUGACUUAAAAUCUUCAAACUCAGAGUGUAGCUCCACCGAGACCUUUGACUUUCCCCCUCCCGGUGAUUUGCACUCGCCCCCCGCCCCCGGCACAUCCUCCGCAGUCACUGACCCCUCGCCAGCACCUACGGAAGAGAAAACCCCUCGUAAAUCUCAGAAAGUGUUUUCCAAAAAUGUGUCUAAGUGUGUCUCUCUGGACGGCAGGAGCAUUUGCGUAGGGGACAUUGUUUGGGCCAAAAUAUAUGGUUUUCCUUGGUGGCCAGCCCGCGUCUUAGGCAUCCAGAUCAGCCGCAAAGAUAAUGGGCUCUUAGUCAGGCAGGAGGCCCGUGUCGCCUGGUUCGGUUCACCCACCACCUCCUUCCUGGCACUUGCACAGGUCGCCCCCUUUCUAGAAAGCUUCCAGUCACGCUUCGACAAGAAGAGAAAGGGCUUGUACCGUAAAGCCAUCACAGAGGCAGCCAAGGCUGCCAAGCAGCUCACUCCUGAGGUUCGCGCAUUGCUUACGCAAUUCGAGACGUGAGGUGGUGUGCUUUGGGGAAAAGGAAAGUGCUACAACGCUGAAGGGCUGCUGAUGGGUCCUUUACACUGCCAGACGGAAGGAUAUGUCCAGAAUUGGAGACGUCAUCGAUAUAAUUAUUUUUAUUUAAGUAUCGGAAGAAGGAACAUUUAUAUAUUUAUAAUGAAUUGCAGACCUACUCCACCUCUGGGCCUGUCCAUCAUGCUGAAUACCAUUUGAUUUCUUUGAGCAGGCGUCCAUGUCCACAAGCAUGUGACCUUAGUUUGAGUGAGGACAUCUGCAGAGUCGACGAGCACUCUGACCAUUAUAGAUAUCUAGUACAUUUGUAUUACAUACAUGUUGACAGGACACAGGAUUUUGCAGGGUUUUUAGUAUGUUCAGUGAUCUUGAAAUGCAAAGACAAAAAAAUGAAUAAAAACAAUACUAUGUAAAACAUUUAUAUUAAUGCAAUAAAGAUUGCAUGUGCUAUGCUAUUACAGUGCAUUUGCAGAAGGCUGUGCUUUGUUGUGUUGAAGCAGUCUUGAAAAAGAAUACUGGUGUCUCAAGCCCUGUUUAUACCUGGUGCUAACAUGCCUAACGUGUGUCCCGAUCCUGUCCACAGUCUGAUUGUGCCCACAUUUGAAGUGAAGUGAUUGUGAUCAGAUCUUCCUGACCACCUCAGGAGGUAGUCAGGGACACGUAUCUGGAUUAUCAAACAUUUUAAAUCGUCCCUCUUGACUCGAGGCAAUAUUUGUUUUAUUUAUCCCUUUUUCUCCCCAAAUUGGUAUCCAAUAUCCAAUUGGUAGUUACAGUCUUGUCCCAUUGUCGCAACUCCCGUACGGAUUUGGAAGAGGCAAACCAGGAUCUCUAAUGGCACAGCGAGCACUGCGGCGCAGUGCUUUAGUCCACAGCGCCACCCAGCAAUAUUUGUGUUAACAUAAAAUAAGAAUUAGCAUUAAUAUGCUGAAUUAUACCUUUUUUGAGAAAGGUGAUUGGGAGGAUUAUAGAACCCGUGACCUUCUGGUCCCUUGCCAUAUCCAUUGUACCAGCAGGGGGAUGGUACUAGCCCAGUCUUGUCACAUAUUUAAAGCUGUUCAGCCAGAAAGUUAGUAGAUUAGAAAUGUGAUAAAUUGAAAAUGUUGGUUAAAUUUAAAAAAAAGAAGUCGCAACUGGGAUUCGAACUGGCAACCUUGCGGGUCGCAACCAAUGAUAUAUAUAUCUAUAUACACACACACGUACGUGUAUUUUUUCUUAAUGUCUACAUUUGUUUAAUUCUAUUACAGACACCUUAAUGCAUACUUUCAAAUUAUAUGUGAGCUGAACAUACGUUUUAAAUUUUUUAUAUUUAAAGUACUUAUGUCCCCACUACAACAACAAAAUACUUAAAUCAAUGUAAUUUUGUCCUUGAAAACAAUAAUAAGUAAUUGAAAUACUGUAGAAUUACAUUAAUUCCUAUUGAGGAUUGCUUCUUCUGAGUUCCAAUAUGGCCGACCAAUGGGUUCUAAGCCUCUCAUCGACCAAUACAUAGCAUCAGCAAUCUAACGUUCAUAUACAUCAUUUGUUGCAACCCGCAUUUAACGCCCUCCAUCCUACCUCCCUAAGGGCCUUUUUUUUCUGUUGCUCUCACCUGUAACUCCAACCACUGAUAUUCUAAGCUUUGCCCACUGAGCAUUAGGCCUAGAUUAAAACAGAUCAAGCAAUAGCUGACACCGAGACUCUUCCUAGAGCUGUCCGCCCAUUCCACACUGAGCAAUUGGGUUUGAAGGGCCUUGGUCAGGAGCUGACCAAGAACCCGAUGGCCACUCUGAAAGAGCUCCAGAGUUCCUCUGUGGAGAUAGGAGAACCUUCCAGGACAACUAUGUCUCCAGCCCUCCACCAAUCAGGCCUUUAUGGUAGAGUGGCCAGACGGAAGCCACUCCUCAGUAAAAGGCACAUGACAGCCCGUUUGAAGUUUGCCAAAAGGCACCUAAAGGACUCAGACCAAUGAGAAACAAGAUUCUCUGGUCUGAUGAAACUCCCGAUCGAACAUCUCUGGAGAGACCUGAAAACAGCUGUGCAGCGACACUCCCCAUCCAUCCUGAGUUUAAUUCUAGUUUAAGUUGAAUCUACAUAAAGUUCUUCAAACAUGCAGUCAAUAUGCUGUUCUGACCUUGUUCUGACCUUGUGUGCAAAGUCAAAUGGCACGGACAAAUCAAUACGAAUAGAUAUGUUCUCUCAGCAAUGGAACCAAAAGCGCAAAUACGGACAGCAUGGGAAAUGAGAAGUGCAGAGCUUGAGAGGAUCUGUAGAGAAGAAUGGGAAACUCCCCAAAUACAGGUGUGCCAAGCUUGUAGCGUCAUAGCCAAGAAGACGAGGCUGUAAUUGCUGAUAAAGGUGCUUCAACAAAGUACUGAGUAAAGGGUCUGAAUACUUAAGUAAAUAUGAUGGCAAACAUUUCGAAAAACCUGUUUUUACUUUGUCAUUAUGGUGUAUUGUGAAGAUUGAUGAACGUAACAAAAUGUGGAAAAGGUCAAGGGGUCUGAAUACUUUCCAAUCGCACUGUAGAAAUGACACUCAAAUUGAAAAUCAUUAAACAAAAUAAUGAGGAUCAGCCUUAUCAAGGUGUAGAUUUACAUCUCACAGUUCAGUGUUAGAAAUGGUAAACAAGGCUGCAUGGGAUUUCUCUUAAUGUGACUCCAUUGCCAAUGUCCACUUUAAGUAUAAUGCUGGGAACUGCUUGUGGAUGUAACGCAGUUCCACCUCUUGACACCGUCAAAAGAUCAGCUAUGUGGAUGUAGGAGGAUCACCAUAAGUUAUUUUGAUCGUCUACACCGGUCUAAAAAUGUGGGCCCAAUCAGAAUGUGGACGAUAUCAGCACCAGGUAUAAACGGGGCUUCAGUCUUCCCCAACCUUAUACCAGCUCCUGUUGUUUCACAGUAAGCUACCCGCUGAGCUACAAGCAGCCUUAAAGAACAGGAGUUAGCUGAACAACUCCAAAUGUCUAGACUGUUCCUGGGGAGAUGCAGUACUUAGUGUGUAAUCUACAAUUGACUGGCAGAAACAGAAAAUCAAAGAUAUCACGCUCCCUCAGUCAGGGUCCUGUAGGGCUCUAUUCAAUCGGCUUCACUGAAGCGUAAGAAAUGUAAAGGUAAUAUCCUUAUGAGCCGACAUUAUGCAGCGUUUAACGCGAAUGCAGUCUCCACUAACGCGGGAACAUUGCCUUUAUAUUUCAAUCACGCUAACGCUGAAGCCCCCCUCAUCCAGCAGAUUAUUUUGAUGACAUUUAUGUGCAAAUUUAAGCGUACAUGUCAUUUUCCUUGCCAGAUGUCCCUAUUCAGUCACUCUCUAGGGUUAAAACCACAAUAUUCCUCCCUGACUUUCCUCCUCACUUCAAGACAAGCAGAGCCAGUUGACUGGACCGAUUGUGAGGUCACAGGCUGGAUUGGGGAUUCCCAAAGGGAAACAAACACAUGGUCAAGUCAGUCAGGAGCAGCUGAAGAGAGCCACAGUGACUGAAUCAGCUGUGACUCAUCUCUCGCCAUCUCGUGUACAUGUAUGCGUUUUGAUACAAUCUAUUAAUGUCUUGACUUAACAGACUGGUGGAUGUGGGAAAUCCUGUUUUGUAAUUACUGUAUAUCUCCUAAAAUCAGUAAAUCUGCUUUUUGCCUUUGUA